GGGCUGCUUUCUAGUUUGGUUUGAAUGCCGGUCCUCUAAUCAGCUGGAGAGAAGGAGUCACUUAUAUAAGCCAAGGGGAAAGAAACGCUUCUGUGAUACGGCUCACAUGAAUAGCUAGGACCGAGAGCUGGUUGACUCCUGAACUCCAGCUUCUGCAUCUUCUCACCCUGUUUCUUUAGGGCUGUGUUGACUGGGACCAGUGGCAAUUUGGGAGGCUUUCCUCUUCUUACCGGUCUUUCUUUUUCAAGGCAGUCGGUGAAGGCAAGUGGAAGGCAUGACCCUCUCCUCAGACAAAGAACUCAACGGGCUAGAUAACCCCAGCUUCGUGGGUGAAGAUGGAAGCCACUACUGCUCCUUGCCGGAUCGUGCUGCCCAAGGCCCAGAGGAAAGCAGGGGCACUGGCCAUGGCAGCAGCAAGCUUGCCUACACCGUCACAGACGUGCCCCCCUGGUACCUGUGCAUCCUGCUGGGCAUUCAGCAUUUCCUGACAGCCAUGGGAGGUCUGGUAGCCAUCCCGUUGAUCCUCUCCAAAGAGCUUUGCCUCCAGCACGACCUCCUCACCCAGAGCCACCUGAUCAGCACCAUCUUCUUUGUAUCAGGGAUCUGCACCCUGCUACAAGUCCUCUUUGGAGUCAGGUUGCCUAUUAUUCAAGGAGGCACUUUUGCUUUCCUGACCCCAACCCUGGCCAUGCUUUCUCUCCCCAAGUGGAAGUGCCCUGCCUGGACACAGAAUGCUACCCUGGUGAAUGCCUCUUCACCAGAGUUCAUAGAAGUCUGGCAGACACGCAUGCGAGAGGUGCAAGGAGCUAUCAUUGUAGCUUCCUGCUUUCAAAUCUUUGUUGGAUUUUCUGGCCUGAUCGGAUUCCUGAUGAGGUUCAUCGGCCCCCUGACGAUUGCCCCCACCAUCACCUUGGUUGCGCUACCUCUCUUUGACUCGGCGGGGGACGACGCUGGGCAGCACUGGGGCAUAGCGUUCAUGACUAUUGCUUUCAUAGUUCUCUUCUCUCAGUACCUGAAAGAUGUCCCUGUGCCUCUACCGUCUUACCAGAGAGGAAAGAAGUGCCACUUCUCCCCGGUCUACAUUUUCCAGAUCUUCCCGGUGCUGCUGGGGCUUUCCCUGAGCUGGCUGCUCUGCUACGUGCUGACGGUGACCAACGUUCUCCCUGUGGACCCCACCGCCUACGGCCACCAGGCCCGGACGGACACCCGUGGGGACGUUUUGACCCAGGCUCCCUGGUUUCGGCUGCCUUACCCAGGCCAGUGGGGAGUGCCAACCGUCAGCCUGGCUGGGAUAUUUGGCAUCUUAGCCGGGGUGAUUUCCUCCAUGCUGGAAUCCUUGGGAGAUUAUUAUGCCUGCGCCCGCCUGUCCGGAGCCCCGCCGCCACCAAAGCAUGCCAUCAGCCGUGGGAUCGGGGUGGAAGGCAUCGGCUGCCUCCUGGCCGGGGCCUGGGGGACAGGGAACGGCACCACAUCCUACAGCGAGAACGUGGGGGCCCUGGGCAUCACCAAGGUAGGGAGUCGAAUGGUGAUCGUUGCCGGUGCCUGCGCCAUGCUCCUGAGCGGCAUCUUCGGGAAGGUCGGGGCGAUGCUUGCCAGCAUACCCACCCCCGUGAUCGGGGGCAUGUUCCUGGUGAUGUUUGGAGUUAUCACGGCAGUAGGGAUCUCCAAUUUGCAGUACACAGAUAUGAACUCCUCCAGAAACAUCUUUAUCUUUGGAUUUUCUGUAUUUGCUGGCCUCACCGUUCCCAACUGGGCAAGCAAAAAUAGUACACUGCUGGAAACAGGAAUCAUCCAGCUGGACCAGGUGAUCCAGGUGCUUCUCACCACUGGCAUGUUUGUGGGCGGACUCCUGGGGUUUUUCCUUGAUAACACCAUUCCAGGAACACAGGAGGAGCGAGGGCUCCUGGCGUGGAAGAACAGCCACAAGGGAGAAGUGGACAACUCUCAGCUGGUUUCCAAGGUCUAUGAUCUUCCGUUUGGAAUAGGCACCAAAUACUGCGCUGUCUCUUGGUUUCGCUAUCUCCCCGCUUGCCCCAAAAGACUACCUGGCGGCAAGAGAAUGGAUGAACUGAAGGCUGCUGGACAGGAAAGUGGUGUUAAAGAAAGUUCAGAAAGAGACACUGAGAUAGGUGCCGAUACAAAGAUAUAAGCACCUGGCCUGCAGGUGAACUCACCUGAAAAGCAUGUCUGUAGCCCCCAUCAUUUGAAUGUGAGCUGGCAGCUGUUAGAGGCUGGAGCAGGAGAAUGAUAAGGUCUUUCUCUUCCCAGCUCUACCCCCUGCACCACUGGUGAUACUGAGGGAGUCAUUUCUCUCCCCUCUGCUCCUGCCUGACCACCUCUAGGAAGAACACAGUCCCUCUUUGGGGAACACCAACGCCCAAGAAAUGCCUGGGAGAAACGUGCAGUUUCCUUCCUUGCACUGAGCUUUGGGGACCCCAAGGAGAUGCUGUUUAGCUGAAGCAGAGCUCUUCCCGUCCCCUAUUCUGUCUGCUGAAGGGGCCACAGGAGAAGGCAUCCCCCAUGUGGGCCCUGUAUAUGGCUGCCAGGCAUCCCUUGGGCUGAGGCUAAUCCCCACCACCUUAAAGAUCUGUAAUGGCAACACUCACCUCUCAGCUUGUACUUUAUGUCUCAUCCUGACCAAGGGAAAGGAGUAGGCUUCAUGACCUCUAGGUCAUGAUUCAUCUCGUUCCAUAUUCCCAUAAUUUAAAGUCAGUCAAAUGAAUGUUGUUGUAAGAGAGGCAUCUAAGGUUAAUGGCAUGGAUUGGCUUCUGAAUGUGCCUCUCCCACCUUAGACCACAGAGGGAAUCUAGAGACCUUAUGUAGGUUCUUGGUCUAAUAGAAAAACCCAGCUUCACUGAAAUGAAUCCCAGCUGGGGUGCUGGGAGCAGUCUCAGGGGAGCCAGCUGCCCCAGGGCACCAAACCCUACAAAGAUGAAAGAAUCAUCAUCAAAAGUGAAGGAUAAAAUGCUUCUGCUCACAAUCUGAUGCAUCCCUGCUACUGCUAUGUCCUGUGUCCCCCCUCACCAUGCCUGUUUGGCCUGGUGAGGUGACAACCACUUCUGUGGAAAAUGGUUUGCAGAUUCUUGCUCUUUUCCAUUAUCAGCAGAAACAGCCUUAACCUAUAUGGCCAUAUGUAAUGUGAUUGCACGUGGUGCUGGUUGCCAGUGGUGUGUAAUAACAUUCUUGCUGUAGCAUAAACUUGUGUUUCCUGCAUUGAGAUUUAUACUUAGAUAUUUUGGGAGAAAAGUAAAUAAAAUGUACAGUGUAAUAUUUCUCAGGGUGACUGCCAUAGUGACUGGCAGGUAGUAUUCACAGAAUCAGAGUAAUUCA